UUGGCGUUCGAAACAAAUUUUCUGCAAAAGCGCAAAUAAUCGUGUGCGCAUAUAUGUGUGCGUGUGUUUGGUGUGUUGUUUUAAAGAAAAUACCCAAAGAAAUACACAAAGAAACGAUUGCAGUUGAAGAGUGUUUGAAACGAAGAAAAAAAAUCUCUAAAAACGCAGCUGAUUUGUUGCAAGAAAAACCAACAAAAAAAAAUAUUUAUAGAAAUAAAUGUGCUUCAGAGUAGAUUUUCAUUGAUUCCAUUGUGUGUAUGCACGUAAACGCGAACCAUCUACGUCGAGGUGUCUGUGCAUGCUCGUACGUUAAUUCGGGUGCGUGUGUUUGUGUGUAUGGCGCGGAACGACGCUAAGUGGUUCCAUGCACUCGCAAUGGUGGCAGCGGCCACUUCGCCUAUAGAAUUUUAAUGUGUUCACUAAAUUUUUUAACGGUAAUGAAGUAGUGGCGAGGCGGUGGCGGUAGCGGCAAUGCUGCUUUAACGAAGAUAAAGAAAUAUAAGUUUGUGUGUGAAAUUUGCGAAAAAUCGCUGGUGUGAACGACCAGCAAGUGAAGUGGGAGUAGAAGUGUGAAGGAGGAAAGCUGGUGAAGGAUCUUACAAAAAGCUUUUAAGCAUUUGAUUUUUUCUAUUUUCAUGCUAGAGAAAGGAUACUUGAAAGAACAAACAAUGAAUGACGAAUAAAUGAAUAAAUGAAUAAGUGUUAAAAUGAAUGAAGGAGAGAGCAAUACAUAAAUAACAAUAUAAGAAAUGAACAAAUGUCAUUCAUUUUUAGUGAUAAAUUGCUAGCAGGGAGUGAAAAGAAGAAAAGAAAAAAAUGCGUUGCUAGAAGUGUUUCCUUGCAGUCCUUUCUAGUACUAAGCAUAACUAAGAACUAAGGAGAAGCAACGCAAAAUCAAAGUGGAAGGCGUAGUUGGUGUCUGAAGUAGAGACAUAAAGCGAGGUAUCAUUGAUGCUAAAUUAAAUUUAUACCGUCGAACUCAAGAACAAACGUUUUAUGUCCGCCCACUGUGGUUAGAACAAUAAGAAAACAAGCCGAAGGACGUCGAAAACAAAAUCAGCACGCCCGUUCGGAAGUAAACAAAGCAGGCAAAUGUAAAUGGAACAGUCACUGCCGCUGAGCAGAAAACAACGAGCGGACAAUCCACACCGGCAUUGGUGGGGGUAUUGGUGUUGGCAUUAUCGUUGUCGGCAACGAUAGCAUAGGGAGUGGGCGUGGGAGCAGGAGCGACAACCACGUAAAAGCAAAUGUGUAAUAAAUUGCAUGAAAAACUCAAUCAUUACGCCAGCAGCAGGGAGUUAAUUUAGUUAACGCUGCCAGCCAAUCUCCAGCGGCCCGCUGCCAGCAGCCAGCAGCCAGCAACUAAAUAUCUACUAGGUGGGUAACCAGCGAAGUCAACUUUUCAACUAAAGAACUGCUGGUUUGUAAUUUUGGGACUGAGAUUGAAGAACUUGCCCACACUGCUGUUCAUCACCAGCAACAUCAUCGCCAUCAACAUCAUCACCAAAUAGCAUUUGGAUUUGCAUUUGAACUCACAGCAUUGUGCAAACCACGUAAAAGUGGAAGAGGUGAAGGGAAGUGCAAAGCGACACUCUCUCUGUAACACUAAAGCAGUGGUGGUACCAGUAAGAAAGCUUUCACUAUAGUCGCCUUUGUAUCACUUAAAGUUGCCACCAUCGGAAUAGCAACAAAUCACUGUCAAAGGACUCAUUGUCAUAGUGCACAUCAGUCGGUUGAAGUUGCGUUCGUUCGGAGAGUGUAUUGGUGGUUUGUCGAUCUGACGCUUGGCAAGACGUAACAUUUUGUGACAGUACGCAUCUGGCCGUUUGCCGUUUAUCAUUCGUAGUUCACAAUCCGCAAAGACAUUUGUUCGGGCGUUGGGAUUGUGGGUGGGUGAUGCCAACCCACUGAGAGCGAAUUAUGAAGCACCAGGGUUCCAGUCAUUGCUGUUGCUGGUUCACACUUUGCUUGGUCGCUACGGGCAUUGUUCUUGUAUCACCAGAUAUACACACAACUUUUGCUGACAACUAUAAACAAGGGAAAACCAAAGGAACAACAGCAACAACAGGAACAGCAAUCGCAUUCAAAACGCUGGGAGCGAUGGGUUUUAUUGACGCCAACAGGUACAAUGCUAAUAAAAGGAACAACAAUAACGUCAGCAGCUACAAGUCGAGUAUGAUUGCCAGCAGCAACAAGAACAGGAACAGCGUCAACAGCAACACGACCAGCAUAAGAGUACCAAUCAAUGAGAUAUGGAGCCAGCUGGAAGAGCGGCAGAAACAUAUGGUUUCUACACCUCAAACGAUGACAAUAAUAGUCGAAAAACCCACAAUGGUAAAACACACAACAACAACAACAAAAGCAAUUACUGCACGUAAGCCAACUACUACAAUUACAAAAACAAGCACAACACCUAGUCAUAGUCCAAUAAAGAAGACGCCGCAUGACAGUGGAGCCAAUAUAAAUGUCAGCAACAUAGAGAAAAGCACAAUGAUAUAUAAGCAACAGCUUCAAAAUCAACAUGAGCAACAUCAGCAUUGGCAGCAUAGACACCAACAACAGAAACAAAAACAGCUAGCCGCACAUAGGCCACUAGCAGAGAUUGCGAGCAGUGCGGAUGGGAGAAAACCACAAUUGCACGUUGCCAAUACUUUGUUAGAUGGCAGAACAUCAACAUCAAUGAAUAUAGGGACGUUUGCAAGGGCCGAGGCGGCAGAAGUGGCAGCAACGUCACAAACGCAAAUAGCAAUCAGCAAUAAUAGGAACGGCAACAGCAACAGAGAUGUUGAUAGCAUUACAACGGCAAUAACUACAACAACAACAACACCAUUAACAACUACACAAAGCCAACAAUUUGAGCCAAUGCGCAUUUCUUAUUAUAUGAACGUCGCCAGCCAGUUGGAGCUGGAGCUCGAUCAAGCGACGGAAACGGAUGUGAAAGUGGCUAUGGCAAGGCAAGGGGAAACGGCAAUGGAAGUGGAAGUGGGUCGUCAACAUCAACACAAAUUUUCCUCUUCAUAUUUAGACGAAGACGACGCCGACGCCGACGACAACGAUGAUAAACACAAUUAUGCGCCACUCAAACGGUUGCCGACGCAGCGCAGCCGUUGGGCGCGCCAGGCGGAGGAGGAGGAGCCGGUAGAUAAAUGCCAACGAUUUGAAAAAGGUGACAAAGAAUUCUACAGUCCCGAUUAUCCAAACGAUUACCCAAAGAACAUCAACUGUACACGCGUGAUAGAAGCGCCGCAAGGACAGAUAAUCCGUUUAGAUUUUCGUAAUUCAUUCCACAUCGAAGCGAAAGAGGAAUGCAAAUUUGAUUUUCUCGAGAUACGCGAUGGCCAGUAUGGUUUCUCGAAUUUGCUUGGUAAAUUCUGUGGCACCGAUUUUCCGCCUGUAAUCACCUCGAAGGAACGUUACCUUUGGUUGCACUUUCAUUCGGAUGAGAGUAUCGAGUAUAGUGGCUUUACGGCGGUUUACGAAUUUAUCGAUCGCAGUAGAGAAGUACCCACUACGGAUUUGAAUUGCACAUUCGAUAAGGACGGUUUCGAAGGUUUCGUUAACUCAUCCGAUGUGCCCCCUAAUCUAAAAGCUAUUGCGAAUGAUAAUAAAAUAGCCUUGGACUGUAUGUGGCGCAUACAGGUACAGGAUAAUUGGAAGAUACAAGUGAAAUUCUUGGAAUUCAAAUUAAGCAAGCCCAAUGACUGUAUCGCGAAUUUCUUAGAUAUCUUCCCCGAACAAACCACCAUGCCCCUUAGAUUAAAAAACUUUUGCGGAUCUGCUGGUGAAGGCAUCACAUCCGAAUCGAAUGUAUUGCAUUUGCGUUUUUUUGCCGAAAAGGCGGCCAUCAAUUCAUCGUUUGCCAUUUUAUAUACCGCCUUUCGAGAACGUGGCUCUGGCUCUUGCAAUGACGAUGAGGAAUACGAUUGCGAGGAUGCCACUUGUAUUUCAAAGGACCUCAAGUGUAAUGGACGAGAUAAUUGUAAAUUUCGCUGGGACGAGGAGGACUGUAAAAAAGAAUCUGCAGAGCAAUCGGAACACAUGAUCAUUAUAAUGGUUGUCUUUGGGCUCAUCUUGGGCGGCAUGAUAAUCACAUUCCUAGUAAAUUGUAUACGAAAGAUAAUGCACGAUCAGAAGAUCAUACGGGAACACAUACGCCAAUCGAAGGAGAGUAAGCUGGAUGAAUUGGGCCGCAGUUCAAAGGCGCGCUCAAGGGACAACUUAUCCAGCACAAUGCCGAGACCCAAACACUCGCAGGCAUCCUUGCAAAUUCUUGACGACACAUCCAAUCGCUAUUAUCGUGAAUUGGUGCCUAUGACGCGCAGCGAUAGUAAACCUGACCUCAAGGAGCGUGAACAUAGCAUUCUUAGGCAUCGCAAUGACAUGGUUGUACAGACGAGCUUCUGCGGCGAUGAUGGCGAUGACAACAGUUCCGAAACGACUGCGGAGGCACAAGCGGCGGCAAAUGCCUGUGAUAUGGGCUGUCAAACGCGUGAAUCGCUCUUUGCCACGCCGUUGAUGCACCAAAGCUCAAUGGGUUCGCUGAAGGAUAAGGCUAGCCUACAUUCACGUUCACGUUUCUCUACAUUCGGCUAUGAAGCCUCGCAACCGACGCCACCCCCACUUCCAGCAGGCGGACGCAGCCAACUAACGGGUCUCAAUAUACGCGAUGCACAGGGCUAUAUCGAGAUGAGGGAACGACACCCUGCGCCGAAACCUUCCAUGCCACAUAUGCAUCGCAUGAAUGCUUUGCCACCUACUCCGCCCACGCCAGCGAUGCCGCCGGAGAUAUGUCACCAUCAUCAUCAACAUGGGCACACGCACGUACACCCUCAACAACAGCAACAGCUACAACAACAACUACGGCAGCAGCAACAACAACAAUCAAUGCCACAGCAAGAGCAAAGGCAACAGUUGUCAACGCAGCACUCCAAAGAAAGUGCAGCGGGUGGCAGGUCAACUGCGACAUCGACAGCGACGCCAGCUCAGGGAAAAGCCAAGCCAAAGCUGAGUCAAUCGACAGCUUACAUAGACAUUAGGAAUUCUGCGCCGGAUGUCAUCAUAAUGACAUCGCAUUGACAUUUAAGUAACUCGACGAAAAUCACGCCAUAUCCACAUGGGCGCACGCAACAGCAAAAACACAUUAACACACUUAACAGACUGCUACAAUGUGCUGGUGGUUCGGAAAAUGCAAGAGAGCAGCCAUUUAAGUGAAAUAUUCCAACAAAUAAGAAAAUCAGUUGGACCUACGCACACAAAAGCAUAUUUGUAUGUACUUAUACAUACACACGUAUAACCGUCAUUGUGGAUGCAACGUUUGAGAGACCAAUGUAAUCUGUAUAAAAUUAUUUAAAGUAAAUUUUUAUCUAAAGUAAGUGAUUAAAUACUUGAAACGGGCGGGUAGUGAAAAUAGACAAAGCUUUAAGCACGCAUAAUUAAGAACUUUCAUACUGAUUCAACAUAAUGAAAUAUAUUAAAUAGCAUAAAAUCUACAUAGAUACUCGUAUAAAGUUAACCAAUAGCGAAUUUUUGAAGAGAUUUUUGAAAGUACUUUUUGUGAGAAAAACAAACAUUUUAUAUAUGUACAAACAUAGCUAAUCAAAGCUCUGGUGUAAGCGCAGAAAUGAAGCACAAAACUUUUGCCGGCACUUUUUCAUAAUGAACGUUUUGAUAUAAACUUGAAGAUUUCAGUUUAAAUCUAGCAAAAAUAUAAAAUUAAACGAUAAUUGACGCAUAUAUGCAAAGCUUUAAUAGAAAACCCAGUAAACAUUGCAUAAAUUACUUGGGUCAUUUCAAAGGUAAACUCUUUUUUUUUUAAUUUUUCCAAAUUUCAUCAGCCACUUAUAAAUUAUGCAUCAGUACAGUCUGUGUCAGAAAAAAGGAAUCGCUAUUAUUCAUGAAGUAUAAGAGAUAUAUAUUUAAAAUUGUGUAUGUAGAAAACAGUGUGAAAAGUAUGUACAAAACUACGUGUCGCAAUUACUCAAUAAGCCGUGUUGUCUCCAUCGUUGUCGAGUAUAGCUUGGCAUCUUCUCGGCAAGCAUUAAAGCAGCUUUUCUGCGUAGCUCGCCGACAACGAAAACCAGAUUUUGCGAACUUGACGCACGAGUUGCUUUAAAUCGUGGACUGGCUUUCCGGCAAAAUGCGUUUUCAUAAUUCCCCACACAUUUUCAAUGGGGUUGGCAUCUGGGGACUGGGAAGGCCAGUCAAUUAACUGUGACGCCAUUUUAUUGUUUCUGAAUGGGUUUUCUGAGAGCACAAAACACUUUUUGAUAUUUUAAUCACUUUUGCAGCCGCGGUGUAAGAUAAAAAUACCGCCUCGAAACAGCGUACUUCUCACUCAUUUUUGUUUGGUUGCGUUUACGGCAAAGUUUCGAACGACACUAACCUGAGUUAGCACUAACGUCGUAGCUCUUGAGUGGGACUAUUACGCAGUAAAAAGUAGAACGAAAUAUACCUUGAAGUUACAAGAAAAAAACCGGUUAUUUUCUUCUGACACAGACUGUAUGUCAAGCUAAAAAAUGAUAUUAUACAUGUAUACAAGUAUGGUAAGCCAAAAUGUGCAGAGUUACGAAAUUGUAAGUUUUUCUCUUAGGGAAUUAUUGGCCCCGUAGUUAUAAAGAAGUUAAAAGCAAGCAUUAACUAUUAAAACCGGGUUUAGAAUUAAAAUGAGUCAAAUGAGUACAGGUUUUAUCUCUUAAAGGCGGUUUUAAGUUUAGAAAGAGUGGCCCACAGUUAUAGACUAGUUAGAGAUAGGUUUUUACAUUCACUACAUUAACUGUAUUUUAAUAUAAGCACUAUUUUUAGCGCUAAAAUAGUCAACUUGAAAGACGUUCUAUCUUUAAAUCAAUGUAAAUUUAAAAUUAGUUUUCAUCGAAAUUGAAAAACGUGCUUUUAAUCUGAAAAGUUUAAAACAAAAUUGAAAUAAAUACUUCGCAAUCAGAGAAUAAUUCGCGAUCUUGCGGUUUUGAAUGAUGCAAUCGUGUCUUGAAAGAGACAAACACACAAGGGGCGCUACGACAUUUUCCAAGUGAAAGAGGAGAAUUUUUACUAAAUUUUUAUUCGUCUUAAUUUCGGUACAUUUCAAUCAGAGCCUGUUGCCAUUAUCGUGAUUCUUUCUAGCAUCCAAGCUUAUUUUUUCUUGGUUAUCAUUACUGUAUCAUUUAUUUUGUUUUCAAUUUAUAUAAUCCCGUAGACAGACUUUAUCCAAGGGUGCUAGAUUACAAGAUUUGGUCAUCCGAAAUAAAAUUGUAAGAGUAACUUCGGUUACGAUGUCGUUGGGGGCUCGGCAGAAGAAUUGUGCCCACUCAUUUCACACGUAUUCUUACGCUCAUCCAAUCAACCAUAGCUCAGACGUCAUUGGGGAUUCGGCAGCAGAAUUGUGACCACUCAUUUCACACGUAUUCUUACGCUCAUCCAAUCCACCAUUGUUCAGACGGCAACAAAGUAAAGUUGCAUGAGCGUUGACCGCAUUGACUAUUUCUAUACCACCCAAUCUCAGUUCUUUCCUAUCUCUGUCGUAAACAAGAAAAUAUCAAAUCAGCUGAUUCCUUCAAAAUCGCUGGUAGUCCGCUAGCGUGUAUUGUGUAAAACGUCGUCAUCACAUAUCAGCUUGUGCCUCAAAAUAUUUUCUAUACAAUUUGAUGAUAUAUGUAUAUUAUUAAAAGGUCAUUCACUCUGUUUCACAAAGUCAUUAACUUUCGUGAGUCCAAACAGCUUGUCGAACGGUUUCAAUUAACUAGAUCAGCCCGAUCAGCCCGGUUGCCUUGUAUGUGAACGUCGGUUCUUCGUUUUUGUCGUUCGUUUUUGGAACGCUCUGCCAAAAAAGUUCAAAAUCUUCCGAAGUGCAUUGCGUUUUAAAAAUUAACUCCUAAAUUAUUUUGCCUACUGAGUUGCUAAUAUGCACGUAGUCAUGCAUAUGUAUAGUAUAUUUUCUUUUAAUGCUUCCUUGGGUAUUCUCCUUCUACAGGGUGGGCCAUAUAGCGUUUGCUUUUUGAACCACCUAUUUUUUUGAGAAUGGUGAUACAAAUGACAUGUCAAAUGUGUUAAUCAUUUACUUAAAGGUUUGACAUUUACGAAAUGGGACGCUCUACGCUUGAACAAAAUUGGGAAAUAUUGAAAACCUAUUUCCAAAGUGGUGAGUCGUCUUCUUCUUUUCUGAUUUUCACAUCGGUGGCUAUGUCAAUAAGCAAAAUUGUCGGAUUUGGGGUUCAGAAAAUCCACACGUAGAGGAGCAAAUGCAUCCACAACGAGUCACUGUUUGGUGCGGUUUUUGGUCUGGCGGCAUCAUCGGGCCAUUUUUUUUUCGAAAAUUAGCGAGGAGCCGCGGUUACAGUAAAUGGCGAAGAAAUUGAAGAGGAUGACAUGGACGACAUUUGGUUUUAACAGGACGGUGCAACUUGUCACACUGCCAAAGUUACACUCGAACUUUUGGCUACCGUUUUUGAAAACCGAAUAAUCAGCCGAAAUUCCGAUAUCAAUUGGCCGCCUCGGAGCUCUGAUUUAAGCCCGUUGGACUAUUUUUUGUGAGGAGGACAAAUGCUAUGCGAACCAUCCAGAGACGAUUGAUGUUUUAAAACACGAAAUCGAAGUUGUGAUUCAUUAAAUUGGAGCCCAAACAAUCGAAAAUGUGCUUAAAAAUUGGGUUGAUCGAAUGGUCUACUAUAAAGCCAGUCGUGGCAGUCAUUUGAACGAUAUUAUUUUUUAUUCAUAAAUGACAAUGUUCAAUCUUCAAAAUAAAAAAAAAAAAACUUGAAAAAAUAUUGAUUAGUUUUUUUUUAUAGCCGAUUCAAAAAGCAAAUUUUACAUGGCCCACCCUAUACAUUCACUUUUUUACAGCCUACUUUUCCCUUUGUCAAAUCCGUUUCCCUAAAACACAUCUAUUUUUAAUGUUAUUUUUAAGCUUUUAGAGUUAAGCUCAAAUAUUGUAAAAUAAAUUAGGGUUGUGUGUUUGAUUAAUAAAUAAGUGUACGUAAAAAUAAAAAUAUGUUGUUGGCCAGACCUUCUUAAUUGUUUUCACUAUUUACGUGACGUGUUCCUUUUAAUCGAAACGAUUUACGUUCAUGCAAUAAAUUUUACAAUAAAUUUACAAAAAUCAGUUGUCACAGGAUGAACUUGUUAAAAUACCCAUUAUUUCUUGUACUUACUUUUUUACAAUUUCGUAUUAAUAACACUUUUUUGUUUCUUGUUUUGGUGAGUGAGGUAGUGAUCAAAAUGCCUUCGCACUUACAGCGACUGAUGUUUACUACAUUCAGUGGUGCGACCACUAAAAUAAUCCCUUCUCCUCUUCUGGGGAAACUACCUUCCCGGGACUACUUUCUGCAGCACUUCGGGAGGGGUUUUAAAACCCUGUUUUGUCCCAAUCUAGCAAACACCUGCCUAUAAUAUAUCUAUGAUUGACUAAAACUUAAAGUCUACUCUAAACUUAGAUUCUAGUAGCUAUUAGUAACUUAGUAGUUUUUUUAACUUAGCCACGGGACAGUGAAUUUAAAGUGAUUUUAAACUCUUAAUAACAGUUUUUGAGAUGAUGUUUUGAUGUGCGAAAUGUAAAAUAUUGCAUCUUAUCUUUAAGGAAGUCUUAAGUUGACUUGUUUUAUUUUCCGAAAAGUUCGCAAAAUCUAUAAUAAUUUGCCAAAUUUUUCCUUCCGGAGCUACUACCACGUUUCCAGUUGCUCUGCCCAGCUUUUUGGUCUGCUCGAAGGGACUUCUUUGUCGCAAAUUUCAUCCUUUUUUACUAUUAUCUUAAUUUAGAUAUGUACGUUCUUCUAAAUAUGUCGUAUCCUGCUGCCAUCAUGCAUUCCCACUGGUCUGUAGUAGACCAGUUCACCUCACGGAAUCUUGUUUACUUACUUUUUGAUACUCCGUUUCCAUAUAUGUAAUCAAAAAUCACGGGAAUUAUAGAAAAAAGAUUGCGCAGAAGAACGCGGAACGUUGUACGUUACAAAGAUAAGGGAAACAUCAAAAUGUCAAUAUUGAAAUAUUGAAAUAUAUAUUAUAGUCCCUUCCAAUAUAUGAAAUAAUUAAUUAAACUCUAAAUUACUUAAAUAUUUUAUCAUAUUUUCUUUUUCUAGACCGGAUAUUUCUCUAUUUAACCUAUGAAUAACAAUAUGUAUUCGGAACCUAAAUAAUGAAUUUUUCAUUUUAAGAUCGCAGUAUAUGUAUUUUACUAGCAUCGUCAAUAUGUUUCUUUAAAAAAUCGUUAGUUAUAUUGAAAUCAUUACCUAUAUUAAAAACACUUUCCAAUUGCUUUCUCAUAAGUGCACUGGGAACAGAUUAUCCAACUUCGCAUAAAUGGUUAACCCAAGAAUAUGUUUGCUCAAAUUCACUUUCACUAUACCUCAGCAAACAAUGAUGAAACUGAACUAACGAAAUGAUGAUGAUCUAGCGAGACUUGGCUCCAAGUUUUCGGAUGAGUACACAGACAAUGACUCUGGCAUAUCUCAACAGACUCGUAAGCUACUUAUUUACUUUAAGAAAAUUGCAAUAGCAGCAAAUGCAAGAUGGCGUAAUGAACCCUUCUCCAGAAUCGCCCAACAUAUGUUACCGACUCUCAAUGCCAAAAACACAGAAUCUCUGCUAAGCCAAAAUAAACAUAGCACACUGAUUUCCUAAUGGACAGACACGCCCAGAGGAUGGGCGUGCAGGCACAUGACUUCUGCAGAAGCUGUCUAAAUGAAGAAAAAGAAGAGACGUUCUCGCAUCUUCUGUGCCAUUGUCCUGCUCUAACCAGACGUAGAUUCACUACUUGAGGUAGACAAUUUUUUAAUGAGUUGGAAGAUAUCAGUACUACGGAAAUCAGGGAUAUUCUAAUACUUUUGAAAUAUUCACAUUAGUUUUAGGAGAAAAAAUUAUAAGUUCCGCACGCAACAUCACACUGAUCUAUGAGCCUAAGUGUAUCCCAAGGUGGCCAACCGCUACAACCCAGCCUAACCUAACCUGUGACAAACAUACUCGAUCAGAUUUUCCAAACCAUCGCACUGCAUUUCAUCCAGAUCAGACUUCUGUUGGUUUCGGAGUUAUUGUUGGAGCUUUUGUGGAUUUUAAGUGCAACACAGUAAAUUUUGGAGUAUGUAUACGCAUUAAGUUUAAAUAAUUUUAAUAAUAUACCAGUGGGAGGUGGUUGAGAAAUUCCCAAAUCCAGAGUGCCAACAUCAAUGAAACCUUAUGAAACUGCAAACUGAGCCCUAUUUCGAUUGGUUUUGCCACAACUUGCUACAGCACACUAAAUUUUUUGUAUCGUCAAUAUUUAGUAAAACUUAAAAAUAAAUUUUUUUUUUAAUUAUUAUUAAAAUUUUUAUUCAGAAAACGCAUUCGCAAAAGUAAAUUCGAUUUAUUCCUCGUAUACACAGAAUGGAGUUUGUUAUUUAUGUUAGAUGUACUGAUGUCACGCGAGCAGUAAUUGAGAAAGGAAAAAAUAACGGACCUUUGUAAUGUACAAUCUUGUUUUCCAUCAUUCUUUCAGCCAGAGAACGUAAAUUCUCUGUUUAACCCAGAGGUCAUUGUCGUUAAAAGCUGAUUGAUGGGAUUUUUGUUAUUGACCAAAAUAUAAAAUCCGCUCUUAAGAUAAAGGUUUAUUUGAACUAAAAGAUGUUUUAAAUUACUACUAUAACUACGGGCCAUUGAAUUUACACUAUUAUAAAAUCUGUUAUAUAUAUUGUACAUACAUACAUACAUACAUACAUACACAAAAUCUUAAGCUAAUGUGUAAACCAAAAUAAUACUAAUUCAUAAUGAAAUAUGUAUGUAUGUAGUCAAUAAUAAAUGAGUUGUAAACAUUUAAAUAGAUAUGAAAAUGCACAUUCUUAAACGUACAUAAAAAGCGUAUCAUAAUCAUGUAUAUAAUACACACACAUACAUACUACAUGCAUAAAUAUAAAAUGUGUAUAUUGAGCGUUUGUUGA